AUGUGGCAAUUCUUCUGGGACAUGGAAGAUGAGAAAGAAUGGAUAAAAGAACAAAGUCAGUUAAUGUCUAGUCCUGAUCUCGGCCAUGAUCUGAGCUCUGUGGAGCGGUUACUACGCAAGCACCGCGCCCUUGAAGAGGAAUGCAACGCCCGUCAGGUUUUGUUUGAGGGCGAUCUAACAACAGGCAAGAAACUCAUAACCGAGAACAUAUUCGGUAAAGAACAAGUGCAGAUAAGGAUAAAUGAAAUGAACCAUCUCUGGGCCCAAUUGGUCGAGCUCACUGCUGAAAGGAGACAGAGACUCUUGGAAUACCAAGAAGUUAUGCAAUUAAUGGCUGAUUGUGAUGAUGCUAGUGCAUGGCUAUCAGAGCAGCAGCGUAUUGUUAGUAACGAAGAUGUUGGCACCAAGCUUGCAGCCACAGAGUCUCUUAUCAAAAAGCAUCAAGAGGUGAUGGAUUCCCUUGAUGGUUAUACAGAAACCGUCGGCCAGCUUAGGCAGCAAGCUGGCAAGGUUUCCGAUUUUCCAGAUGGCGACGCAGUCGCUAUCACUAACCGCCUUCAUACAGUUGAGGAACACUAUGCCCAGGUUCAAGCCUUGGCAAAGCUUCGGGAAUCACGUCUUCUGGAUGCUAGGUCCAUGUACAAACUUUUUGAUUCCUCUGACACCGUCCGAACAUGGAUAACCGAGAAAGAGAAGCUUCUCACCACUCUGGUUCCAAGUGAUGAAAUCGAAGAAUUGGAGGUAAUCCGGCAUCGUUUCGAGUGUUUCGAGAAGGAAAUGGCCAGUAAUGCAGAAAAAGUUGGCUCUGUUAACAAGCUUUCCGCUGGACUUCUUUCAACCGACCGUCCAGAUGCACCUCUAAUUGUAUCUCAACAAGACACAUUGAAUGCAACUUGGAAUGAUCUUGCCGAUCAGGUCGACAAACAAAAAAAACGACUUGACGUUGCUUACAAGUACAAUCAAUAUUUGAUUGAAUGCAAUGAGUCUGCCAACUGGAUAAAGGAAAAAGCCAAACUUGUAGAGUCCACUGAUGAGUUGGGCAAUGACCUCGAUGGUAUUAUGCAGCUUCAGCGGCGACUUGGUAGCCUCCAACAUGACCUCCAGGCAAUCGAAGCCAAACUGAAAGAUAUGGAUAACCAAGCCGCCGAACUAAUUGAAGUAAAACCAGAAAGCGCAGAG